GUCGCAGCCGCGCUGCGGAAGUGCCCCGAUCCCAUUCCCGGCCCCGAUCCCCGCAGAUCCGGCUGCACGCAGAUCCCCACUGGAAUUGGUUUGGGGAUCCCAUAGGAACCCGGCCUGGGGUUCUCAACUGCCCUCGGGAUCCCCAGAGCCCCACAGCGUCCAUCUCUGGGGGUCCCCGCCCCACUGCAGGCGCCGCCGGGGCCGAGAUGCAGCGCAGCGCCUGAACGCGACGGGGAGCCAUGGAGACGGUGGUCAUCGUGGCCAUCGGGGUCUUGGCCACCAUCUUCCUGGCGUCCUUCGUGGCCCUGGUGGUGGUGUGCAGGCAGCGCUACUGCCGCCCCAAGGACCUCCUGCACCCCUAUGACACCAAACCCAUCGUGGACCUCAUCGGGGCCAUGGAGACGCAGUCGGAGCCCUCGGAGCUGGAGCUGGACGACGUGGUGAUCACCAACCCGCACAUCGAGGCCAUCCUGGAGAACGAGGACUGGAUCGAGGACGCCUCGGGCCUGGUGUCACACUGCAUCGCCAUCCUGAAGAUCUGCCACACGCUGACAGAGAAGCUGGUGGCCAUGACCAUGGGUUCUGGCGCCCGCAUCAAAUCCCCCUCCAGCCUCGGUGACAUCAUCGUGGUGGCCAAACGCAUCAGCCCCAGGGUGGACGAUGUGGUCAGGUCCAUGUACCCCCCGCUGGACCCCAAGCUGCUGGACGCCAGGGCCGCGGCGCUGCUGCUGUCUGUCAGCCACCUGGUGCUGGUGGCACGGAGCGCCUGUCCCCAACCCGGUGACAGGGACUGGGUGGACCGGUCGCUGGCGGCCGCCGAGCAGCACAUGGCCGCGCUGCGCCACGCUGCCAUGGCCACCGAGCCGGAGAGGACGGCGGGCACCGAGGCCUUCAGGCAGGAGCAGUCGGCCAUCUGAGCCCCGGGAACCGGCGGCGCCACCACCAGGGUCACUGAUGCCACCAU